CUAAGGUUUUUUAUAAUCAAGCCUUGAGGAAAAUUUGGCUUUGGAAGCAGGAGAUGCUCAGUGGCUCUGCCUUGGGAAAGUCUCCUGGAAAGGGCACCUCAGCUUAUGCUCAGUACAGGGAGAACAUUAGCAGGGAGGGAAAGUCUGCUCCCCAUGACAUCAGCUGUCCCUUCUUGGACAUUCUAUUGUCUCCUAGAGUGUUCUGGCAUCCUCUGUGAUGUCACCAGUGUUGUAGUGACAACCAGUGCCCUAGUUUCUCUCAGUCUGAGUCUGGCGGUUACACCCUAAGACAUGUUUUCCCGUCUUCGCAAGCGUUUUGGGAGGGGGAACGUCGAUUGUGGAGAGACUACAGUGAAGGAGUCUGGCCUUUCGUCUCUAAGUAAUGAUGGACAAAGACAGCACUUCUGGGGAAUGUGGAAUGCUGGGAGAGAAACAUCAUCCCCUGGCACUGACCUAAGCAAGAAUCAGGCCAAGAAGGAAAAGGAGAGGCUGAUUGAAGAGCUGCAGCUCAUUACCGAGGAGAGAAAUGACCUGAGAGAUCGCCUGAGGUUUCUGACAGAGAGAUCCAAGAACAACAGGCCACACUUCAGGCCAAAUCCAUAUUAUGAAGACCUGGAGAGAAUGGAGGAGGCGGUCAUGUCAAUUCUGCACAACUUAGAGAUGGAGAACACUGAGAUCCAUGAGAACAGCCAUAAGCUGAAGAAGGAGAUGACCUUCUCUAGAAACCUGCUCAGCCAGCUCCUGAUGGAGAACACAUGUAGGAAGAAGUUGGUCCCACUGAAGCAGGAGAGCAAGGAGGUACAUCUUGAUUGUGCACUGAACCAGAAAUAUUUGGUUGACUUCAACAAGAAAGAUAAAGACCAGCAACGUCCAGACCCAGCAUCAUCUGGUCUCAGAAAGUGCAAGAGAGCUGGAAUUGGACACACACCAGUAAGAGAGCUUCCUGAGGAAUAAGUUGCUUUCUCAGGAGUCCCUGAUGACAAACAUCCUGAAUGAAAACACCACUUGAGAGUCAACUUCAUUAUGUGUGCAAGAGGAGAAACAGCAAUACAUCUGUGCUUCUAAAUGUUCGUUAAGAAUGUGCUGUUUAGUACUAUUUUUGUUAUGAUUUUAAUUGAAGUUUCCUUUUCGUUGUUUCAUAUUUGUAUGUUCUUGUUACUAUUUUUCACUUUUCAAAUAUUUUUAAAUAUUUUAAUUUAUUGGUUUUAAUCCUGUUUUGUUGUAAAAAUGAAUUCCUUAUGAAUAAAAAUUGAAUUCUA